CAUUUGAAACGCGUAAUAAGUUAACAACCUGCUGAUUAAGUACCGUUGACAGUUGUACGCAAUCGAUAACCAUAUCUGUUGUGUUUUCAUCGUUCUCUAUUUUAAAUAGAAGUUUGGAAAAGAUAUCAAAUACAUUGUUAUAUUAAUAAUUCUUCAUAAUAUGGGAAUUUUGUGUGCAUCUUGUUGUAAAGAAUCAUCUUCACUUGAAGACACAACACCUGAUUUGGAAACAAGACGAAGAAGGCAAAUGGAAGCAGCCGAAAAGAGAAUAGCAGAACAGGAACAACGAGGUAUAAAAGAUAUUGAGUCGGUUAAAAGAAAACAAAAACGUAUUAUGGAACUUGAAAAACGUGAAGAAGAAGCUGGUAAUAUGAGUGGGCAAGGCAAACUUAAGUGGCAAGUGAAUUGAGUCAAGAAAAAUGGGUACAUAGAUAAAGUGCACUUAUUUAAAAACGAAUGAUUAUAUAUAUUUAUAUAUAUAUUAUAUGUCUUGUAUAAAUGUGCAAGACUAUUAAGAAAAUAGUAAAAUAUCUUAUUGGCUAUACUAUGUGAUAUAAUACCGAAUGUUUCAAAUUUCUAUUCUUUAAAAUAACAGAUUUCUUUUUUUAAUCUAAAAAUACAUUUUAUUAUUUAAUACAACAUUUCAUGUUUUUCAUUAGACAUCUUUUAGUAUAUAAUUCUAUAGCAUAUAAAAAAGGUUUUUUUUUUCUAUAUAACAAGUAUUUACAACAAUGUUAUAUGAUGUUGUGUUUGCAUACUUUAUAGCUUCUGUAUUAUUAUUAUUGAAACUUCUUUCUAUUGUAAUACUUUUCAACUAAUAUCUCAUAUAUAUAUAUAUAUAUAUACAUAUAUGUAUCACUUUUUUUUAAUGUAUCACUGUUACAGAGUUCUCUAUUUUCUUAUAUAAAUGUGCAAGAAGACCAUACAAACUUGUGCAUAAUUUUAAUUAUUACAAGAAUAAUUAAAACUGUUUAUUAAAUAUUAACGCAACAACUGAAUGUUUCAUUAUUUGUAUAGCUAAUGUGCAUACUUUUAGAAAUAAUUCAUAUGUUAAUAUCAACAAUUAUAAAAUGUUAAAUGAACUUUUGUAAAUGUAUUGAUCUGGAGAUGAAAGACUAAAUUUAUCGAUUAUUGUUUAAAAAUAAAUUCUAUACUAUGUGGAGAGAAAAUUCUUCUAAUAAUUUAUUUCAUUGUAAAGUUAAAAUACGUAUAGAAAAUAAAUGGUAGUAAUAUUGCAGAGAAA